AUGAACGCCGCGGCCUCCCUUCCUCCGCACCAGCAGCAAGAGCUCAUGAAGCACUUUGAGCAGAAACAGCUGGAAGAGUCGUUGAUGCUGUACAACCGAGUCGUCGCGACCUGCUUUAACGAAUGCGUACAGUCGUUCCGCUCCAAGAAACUCGAAGACAAGGAAGUCAACUGCAUGAACCUGUGCGCCGAGAAGUUCCUGAAACACACCCAACGAGUCGGUGUCCGCUUCGCCGAAGCACAGCAAGCCGCCAUGGACGGACACAGCAGCGUGCUCGCCGACCUCAACCACACCUCGUACCUUGUUGCAACGUCGUUAGCUUUGAGUUUGGUGAAUCUCGUCGCACUAGCCAAAAUCAACCACGCGAGUAAUGACUCCCAACACCCACACCUCUUCAACGCAGACACCGAUGCCACCGUUGUGGCCGCUGCGGCACCAGCCACGGACACAUCCGACUUUAAAGGCGCGAACCACCUGCGCAAGAUCUUGAGCACGUUGUGCGACGAGACCUGGGCAUUCUUGAUGCUCUUCGUGAUCGCAGCGUCGACCCAGAGCAUCGCAGGCAUCUAUGUGAUUGUGGCAGCCAGCAUGGUCGCAGUCGACCAUCGCAUCCGCGGCUUCAUCGCGGCGGAGGACGGCGCAGUGCCUCGUGUGUUUCUCGCGCUGUUAUGUGCUCGGAUGGCCUUCGACAUGUCGGCGUACAACGGCGACGCGACGCCUCUGCACACGCUCUUCAAGCGCAUCCCGGACCCCAUCAGCCUCGCCGACAUGGUCUGGAUGGUCAUCGUCAAAGGCGUCAUGCUACGACUAGUCAGCCUGAGCAUCGAGGUCUUUGCGGGGCUCCUUCGAGAGUGGCAGUCCAUGGUCACAAAGCGAGUCGUCCGCAUGUUCAUGCGUUUCAAAGGCAUCCCUUCACCCCCAGGUAACUCGCCCCUUCAACCCCGUCGUCACCUCUUGUCCACGGUAGACACACCAGCGCCGCAACUCACCGCUGCAAGGCGGGUGCGCGCGUUCGUGGGAAUGCGUCGGCAAGUCGACCCCCACUUUGCGUCAUCGACAUCGACGAAUGUGGGUGUGACCAGUGACCAGUUGCCGCCGUCCUUGGCCGAGUUUCUCUCCAACAUCCCGACCCCCACAUCGUUAUCGCAGUCCUCGGCGGCGGACGCGCUGCUGUCGUCCCACAGUGACGCCACCCUUCCACCGACUGCAAGCGGCGGCGUACACACGGACGUCCUGUCCGAGGUGCAACAAGAAGAAGAAGACCCGAACGCGUCUGCCGUCCAAGCCCUCAGCGGGCCCACCCAAGUAUCAUCGCCGCAGGACGGUCACAUUCAACAACCCGAUCAAGGGCUAUCUGAUCUAGAGCCACCGACAGCCGAGAACCCUCCUGAGGCGUCAGGGCUGCCAGACUCUGCGAUGCACGACACGUUUCCUCAAGUGGUCGCGCAAUUGGUGGGCGAUGCCAUCUCGGCAGUGCCCAAACAGGGACGCGCGGCACGCCAGCCGCCUCCGAGACUGCGCAGCCGCGUGCCCAGUUCACAGUCCACGACCGGUCGGGGGUUCUGGGGCGCCGCGCUGAACCCGUCGUGUUGGCCACACAUGUCCCCCCCGACGACGACCCCACCCAACCAAGUUUAA